GGUGCCACCGUGCCCACCGGGUUCGAGCUGACGGCGGCCCAGGAGGUGCAGGAGAAGCUGGGCUCGGCCGCCAGCAUCAGCCGGGACCGCGGCAAGAUCUACUUCGGGGUCCCGGCGCGGAGCCUCCCGCAGGUCCAUCGGCUGAGGUCAGUGGAUAACUUAUUUGUUGUAGUUCAGGAGUUCAAAGACUAUCAAUUUAAAGAGAACAAGGAAGAUGCUCUAAAGGAUUUGGAAGAUUUGGUUAAAAAGCUGCCUUGGGCCGAUCCGUUGAAAGUUUGGGAGCUGAACAACAGCUUGAAGAAGAGAAAGACAAAACGCAAAAAGCACAGUCUGCAGAGCACUGCAGGCAAGGAGAAGCUGCAUGGCAGUGGAGAAGAGGAAGGAGCAGAUCCAAAAGAUGCUAGGAAACAGGAGGACAGUGUCCAAAACGCUGCAGGGGGAGAACCCGCCAGUGGCCAGGACACAGAGAAGACCCAAGAGGAGGAGGAGGAGGAUGAUAAUGACCAGUCUGAUGCUAAAGAGGAAUUGCAGGCGGGUCCUGGGAGUGAGGGCCAGGCUGGUGAGGGUCAGGCAGGCCAGGCCAAGGUGCUGAAGUUCCGUGUUACCUGCAAUAGGGCAGGAGAGAAGCACAGUUUCACCUCCAACGAGGCUGCCAGGGACUUCGGAGGAGCUGUGCAGGAGCACUUCCAGUGGAAAGCUGACAUGACUAACUUUGAUGUAGAGGUUCUUCUGAAUAUUCACAAUAAUGAAGUAGUUGUGGGCAUUGCAUUAACUGAAGAGAGCCUUCACAGAAGAAAUAUUACACAUUUUGGUCCCACAACUCUUCGUUCAACUCUGGCUUAUGGCAUGCUUAGACUCUGUGACCCACAGCCGACAGAUAUCAUCGUGGAUCCCAUGUGUGGGACAGGGGCAAUACCCAUAGAGGGAGCUACAGAAUGGCCUAGCUGCUACCAUAUUGCUGGUGAUAACAACCCACAAGCUGUAAAGAGAGCAGCAAACAACAUCUGCUCUUUACUAAAGAAAAAUGAGGAUAAGGAAAGCAGCACUUCCCUGGGCAUACCCUUGGACAUCAUUCAGUGGGAUAUUUGCAAUCUGCCUCUGCGGACUGGUUCUGUGGACAUCAUUGUGACAGACAUGCCCUUUGGGAAGAGGAUAGGGUCAAAGAAGAAGAACUGGGAUCUCUACCCAGCCUGCCUGAUGGAGAUGGGCCGGAUCUGCACACCAGGGACAGGGAGGGCUGUGCUGCUGACACAGGACAAGAAAUGCUUUGCUAAGGCCUUGUCACGACUGGGACACAUCUGGCGCAGGGGCCAGACCGUGUGGGUGAACGUGGGGGGGCUCCACGCUGAGAGGUGUCUGCAGGUUGUUCGCAGCCUGGUCAAACCGGGGGACUACAGGAAGCUGGACAUUGUUCAGUCGUUGUAUGAAGACCUGGAGGAUCAUCCUGACGUGAAGAAGGAUCUCCAGCGGCUUUCUCUGGAGAGGAGUGAGACGCUGAGCAACGGAAUCCUGGAAUAA